UAGGCUUAGAGCCGCUAUUUAAUAUUUUUAAUUACACAUUCACUUUUAAUUUGCCUUUUUGCCCUACACAGCUCUGCCAUGGCUCUCGCACUAUCUACUUCGGUGUCCUCCUGCUCCAUCAUGGCUUUCUCAAUAUCCAACGCGCUUCGUUGCCCUCAUCCUCAAAUUGCUCAAAGGAACUCUCUUUAUACUCUUCGCACUCCCAAGUCGCCUUCUUUUCUCAGGCUUCCCCAGGGGAGAUUGUUGCAGAACAGGAUUGUUAUACGUGCUGCUUCAUCUGCGGCUGGAAGUCCACAGUCUGAUGCUGAAUUUAACCCAUAUGAGGUUCUUGGUGUUAACCCUAUUGAGGGAUUUGACAAGAUCAAGCAAACUUAUGGAAGAAAACUUAAAGAUGCUCAGAGGAGCGGUGAUGAAGCCACUGUUGCUCUACUUGAGAAAGCAUAUGAUAAGCUCAUGUAUGCCCAGUUAAUGAAUAGGAAAAAAGGUGUGACUUUCGGUUCGUUCAAGGUUUCCAAGGAUAUUAAAUAUGCUGAUAAGCAGCCUAUCAUACCAUGGGGUCCUAGGUUUUCCAAGUCACCCAAAAAUGAUAUGUUGAUCAACCUAGCAAUAUCAGUUGUGUUUAGUGCAUGGAUUGCGAUAAAACGUAAUGUUGAAUACAAACCACUGCAGUUCAUGUCUUUUGCAUUUGUUUACAGAAUUUUUGAGAAAUUGAAAUCCUUUGAAGCACCUUCGACUCCAAUAUAUAACGAGGAAGGCGAAGAAAGUGGACGAGGAUUGAGAAUGGGAAAGAGGCUUCUACGUUCGCUUUCACUAGUUUUCGGCUCUAUACUUGUGGCAUCUUUGGCCUACACCGGAUUCUUAAAUGUCAUCGAGUACAUGGGCAACUCCAUACCCAUGGUUCUUUACAAUAACCAGGAACUUAUAGUGACGGCGUCAUCAGCUUUCAUGCUCUAUGUUAUAUCGUCGUAUUACAGAUAAUGCGAGAGAGUCCAGUUGAGAGUUAAUCUACUUGAAGCGUUUGGAGAAGUUAUGCUGGAUAGCCUGCGACUGUGAGAUGUUACCAGUUGAGAUGAAAUAGUUUUUAAGUUCAAUGGAGAGAUGGGGUUAUCUUAAUAAUAUUUUUGUGUGGAAAAAUCAGGUAAAUUUUAGCAAGAGAGAAAAUUCCUUAGAAUCUUAAGUCAUCUCUGUGUACUUUGAAUGCUGAGGAUCGUAUGUUGAAGUCUGCUUAUUAAUAAAACUUUUCUGUUUGAGCAAA